CGGCAUGUUGACCGCAGAGCCCGAACUGAAACUCUCCAUUCAAGCUCAUUCCUGCCUAAUAAUGUUAUGGCCUGCCAAUUAGCUGGUCGAAGAGCCUGGAUGCGGUGAUUUUGAAUCAGAAGUAAUGUAUCGACAAGAUCUGUAAAGAUUAGAGAAGAUGUUUAGGUAACAGCACCUACCAGCGUCGGUAAGCUCGGCUUGGUGCGAUGGAGCCAUGGGCGGCUCGUGGAUACUGAAAACCUGGAAUGAGUAUGCACUUGAAAGGCAAUGUGACGUGUGUAUGCAGCGGGUGUUUGAUUGGCCGGGGUGGGAAGUAAGCAACCACCGCAUCUCACCAAUAUCAACCCUGAUUCCGGCCUUACAGCCUAGCCUCUCCAACCCUCACAACAUUCAUCAUCCACAUCAAACACAACAUCAAGCAAACAGUCACAGCAAGAUGAGAACAUCCGCUCUUCGAAAACUUACCCGCCGCGCAGCCCUCGCGCUCAUCCUGGCCCUGCAAACCAGUCACUUCGUCAUCCACCUGAUCGAUCGCUGGGGCCCGCCGCGAAAACGCAUUCCCAAGAUGACGACCCUUGCGCUGCUCGCACAGCUCGUGUACAUCGCCGACUGCACUUCCAAGCUCGUGGAGCGCAGUGUGGAUCUCAAGCUGGGUCGGCGGGUGGUGCGGGGCGCGGGGGUGGACGCGCUGCUGUGGUGCGUGGCGGCGUGGAGUGUGGUGCUGGCGUGGAGAGAUGCGGUGGGGGCGACGGACGGGGUGGCAAAUACAUUGCAGCUUGUCAUUGUGGAUGUUAUUAUGUUGACGGGAAUACUGAGGAAGGACGUGGAGUGGGUCGAGCGGAAGGAGGGGGAGAUGGGUGUCGAAAUGAGUGAGAAAGUGAGCGGGGAGAAGCAGCAGGAAGAGCAGGUUUAGGUGUCAGUGGUGGGUCGAGCGACACGUGAGGCGCGUCUGGUGUGCAGUUUGAACUUUGAAGUGAGAAAUUGGUAUUGGUGCUUCGUCAAAAAACCCUGGGCUCGUGCUAGUCGUAGAAUACUGGACUGCAGUUCCGCCCGUACGCCGUAUAACGCCAUGCCGUGCCUUUUUUCUACAUCGUAGUCAUCCCAACAGCUGAAUGCGCCCUGAGUGCGGCGCG